UAACCCUCUUGGUUGCAAGCCUAGCGACGCUCUUCGGCCAAUGAGGAGGAAGCAGGAAGUGGUCAGACGGAAGUUGCGUCGACCUGCCGCAGCGUCGUCAACGUGCUGAAGCGCCUGGGAGCCAGAGCUGUGUGCAGUCAUGUGGCCUGUUGUGUGGACUGCGAUGCGGACCUACGCUCCCUACAUCACCUUCCCUGUCGCCCUUGUGGUCGGAGCGGUGGGCUACCACCUGGAGUGGUUCAUCAGAGGGACCCCCAAAACCCGGGAGGAGGAGAAGGGCAUCCUUGAGCUGAGGGAGGAGAGGAAGCUGCUGGAACAAGCUGGCAUGGACAGCACGCAGGUGCUUAGCCUGAAAGACAAACUGGAGUUUACGCCCAAAGCUGCUCUGAACAGGAACCGGUCAGAAAAAAGCUAACCGUCUGUCACUGGCGUUAAAGACUCGUGUUUGUCCUUUUUCACAGCGGGAGGAUCGUGCACUGGAGGUGAAUCAGAGGGAGAACACACCUUUUCAGCUGAUACAUUCUUCCUCACUCACGGCCACCAAAACUCUUCAGGAUGCCUUUUGUCCAUUUCAGACACUUUCUAGAAGCAGGAGGGUUAAAAAUGAAGUCAAAUAUACCAUAUAUGUAUGUGAUUUUCUGACCUUCCACUUAAUGUUGCUUUAAUCAAUAGCUAAAGCAAGUCUCUGGAAUCUUUCAGUGUUCAGGAUUUGAACUGAAUUAAAAGGUGUGUCUGCUGGCCUGACGAAAAAGGUUUACAUUGUCCGUUUUAUUGGAAUCUACCUGUGCCGCUGACAUGUAUUAUUGUGGCUUGUUAUUAAAUCACACGCAUGUAAAUUCUUUAUCUUCGUGUUCCAAGGCUGUCACACACAGAUGUUUCUCCUUUUAAUCUUUUCUUUACGUUAAGAAACGUGUGAUUGUGAACAUAAAAGUGAAAGAAGAAAGGGUCUUUGUUCAUAGUUCUUUUUAUCUCAUGAAACCUCCGAUGGUAUGUGACAAAAUAAGCCAGCGUUGUGGGAGGUCUCUCAGGAAGUUUAAGCUGCUUAGUCCUAUUGUCUGAAACAUCCACAUGAUACUUUCAUUUUAGAAAGUCUGGGUUUUGUUUGCGCACCCAAAAUUUUAGUUGUGUGUGUAAGCUGAAAAAAUGUGAUGAAUAAAAUACAUUUGUAUGCUGAAA